AUGAUCAGAGGUGGUGAUGUGAUUCUUGGUGAAUGUGUUUCCUUUCCACAGGGUUUAAAGAUUGUCACAAUAACUUGUGUCUUCACACUUCUGCUGCUGGCAACAUUUGUGUCACCAUCCUGGAGUGCGCCGAAGGGGUUUUUCCAGCGGAGGAACUGGACCCCGCAGGCGAUGCUCUACCUCAAAGGCACUCAAGGACGCAGAUUCAUCUCAGAGGACCGAAAAGAAGGAGACAUGUACGAUACGCUGCACCUUGAGACUCACAGUCAGAACACAGACAAGCUGAGCGUGGAACAGGUCGCCACCAUGCUGCUCAACUUCCUGCAGCAGGCCAAAGACGGCGCUGCCGAGAACCCAGAUGAGGUGUAUUUUCAGGAGCCGCCGGUGUGGAAACGAGAAUACUUCUGAUGUACAAACCAGUGGAGCUGGACAUGAGGCGUUUAAUUCCCUGUGACACAGAAGGAAAUUUGUAAAUCUGACUGGAUGUGAUAUGUUCAUAAAAAGUUUGAAUUCAUA